CGCGCGCCCGCGCACCUGGCCACCCCGGGCGCCCCGUCCUCCCCGCGCGCCCCCGCGCCCGCGCCUCCCCGGCACGCCCCUGCCCGCGCACUUGCCUGCCCGCCCGGCCCUCGGGCUCUGUCUCCGGCCUCCGCGGGGUCCCCGGCCGGCCGUCGUCCCCCACCCCCUCGCUCGCCGUCCGUCCGUCCGUCCGCCCGUCCGGCGGGCUCCGGGAGGUGCGAUGAGCGGCGCCUGCUCCAGCUACGUGAGCGCCGAGCAGGAGGUGGUGCGCGGCUUCAGCUGCCCGCGGCCGGGGGGCGAGGCGGCCGCCGUGUUCUGCUGCGGCUUCCGCGACCACAAGUAUUGCUGCGACGACCCGCACAGCUUCUUCCCCUACGAGCACAGCUACAUGUGGUGGCUCAGCAUCGGAGCUCUCGUGGGCCUCUCCACGGCCGCAGUGGUCCUUCUGGCCUUCAUUGUCACCGUCUGCGUGCUCUGCUACCUGUUCAUCAGCUCCAAGCCCCACACGAAGCUGGACCCAGGCUUAAGCUUACGGACGACAGGCUCCAAGGAGAUGUCACCUGACCACCAACGUUUGAACACAGCAAUCACGAUGGAGGUGCCAGGGGUAAGCCCUCCCAGGCAAAGUCACUCCUUGAACCCACAACCGGAAAGCCACGAGAGGCAGACCGUGGGCCCCCGACGUUUCUUCCAGCACCACUUCAUGGCCACAGUGACCGUGAGCAACAUUCCAGGCAGCCCCGAGGAGACCUCUGUCCCCACCCCUGACUCACAAGGAUCAGUUCCAUAAAAUCCAAUAAAUGUCUC